AUGAAGAACGGUCGGCCGCCGUUCGCAACAGGCCCUGAACAAGGGCAUUUUGAGGCUGUGUGGGAGUGGGAGACGGAGAGGCAUCAGUGGCAGGCGCUGCUUCCUCGAAAACCCCUUUUGAUCCUCCUGACAACUAAAUCCUUUGUGCGAAUGUGUGCCUGGCACGGUGCUUGGAAGAGUGCCGACAAGUGCCAGGGGAAGACUGCCUACAAGUGCCAGGGGAAGAGUGCCUACAAGUGCCUGGGGAAGAGUGUCUACAAGUGCCAGGGGAAGAGUGCCUACAAGUGCCUGGGGAAGAGUGCCUACAAGUGGCAGGGGAAGAGUGCCUACAAGUGCCAGGGGAAGAGUGCCUACAAGUGCCAUUGGAAGACUGCCUACAAGUGCCAAUGGAAGAGUGCCGACAAGUGCCAGGGGAAGAGUUCCUACAAGUGGCAGGGGAAGAGUGCCUACAAGUGCCUGGGGAAGAGUGCCUACAAGUGCCUGGGGAAUAGUGCCGACAGGUGCCAGGGGAAGAGUGCCUACAAGUGCCAGGGGAAGAGUGCCGACGAGUGCCAGGGGAAGAGUGCCUACAAGUGCCAGGGGAAGAGUGCCUACAAGUGCCUGGGGAAGAGGGAAGAGUGCCUACAAGUGCCAGGGGAAGAGUGCCGACGAGUGCCAGGGGAAGAGUGCCUACAAGUGGCAGGGGAAGAGUGCCUACAAGUGCCAGGGGAAGAGUGCCGACAAGUGCCAGGGGAAGAGUGCCGACAAGUGCCAGGGGAAGAGUGCCUACAAGUGCCUGGGGAAGAGUGCCGACAAGUGCCAUUGGAAGAGUGCCUACAAGUGCCAGGGGAAGAGUGCCUACAAGUGCCAUUGGAAGAGUGCCGACAAGUGCCAGGGGAAGACUGCCUACAAGUGCCAAGGGAAGAGUGCCGACAAGUGCCAGGGAAAGAGUGCCGACAAGUGCCAGGGGAAGAGUGCCUACAAGUGCCAGGGGAAGAGUGCCUACAAGUGCCAUUGGAAGAGUGCCUACAAGUGCCAGGGGAAGAGUGCCUACAAGUGCCAGGGGAAGAGUGCCUACAAGUGCCAUUGGAAGAGGGAAGAGUGCCUACAAGUGCUAGGGGAAGAGUGCCUAAAGUGCCAGGGGAAGAGUGCCUACAAGUGCCAGGGGAAGAGUGCCUACAAGUGCCAGGGGAAGAGUUCCUACAAGUGCCAGGGGAAGAGUGCCGACAAGUGCCAGGGGAAGACUGCCUACAAGUGCCAGGGGAAGAGUGCCUUCAAGUGCCAUUGGAAGACUGCCUACAAGUGCCAGGGGAAGAGUGCCUACAAGUGCCAGGGGAAGAGUGCCUACAAGUGCCAUUGGAAGAGUGCCUUUAA